UCGAGGGUGACAGUGAAAGUUAAUAAAGCGAGUUUAAAUACAAAAUGGACUUUAUUUAGUCUAAGUUUAGGUGAUGACCGCUGAGGAACAAUUUAAAUUGCUUGAGUGGUUUGUAAUGGUGGAUUAUAUCACAAUGCACUUGUAAAUUGCAAAGAAUUACAAAUGAUCCUCUCUGGAARCUCUCGAGCGAACACUUUCUUUCAGGUAAGAUGGGGGCAAAACUUAGCACAGGGGAAAAAAUUCAGCCACAGGAGUUCUCUGAAAAAUUUCAACGAUCGGAAUCAGAAGCCAGUGAUGAUUUUAAAACUAAACGACGGUCUACCACCGAUGUGUGUUUCCUGAUUUUUCUAUCUGUAUUUUUGACUGUUUUGUUGUGUUUUUUGGGUUACUGCAUUUGCAAUGGUGAUAUUUUCCGAAUUAUUAACGGCUAUGAUAAUUGUGGAAACGUCUGUGGAAGGUACAAUGUGAUUAAUCACGGGGAAAUAAGGGAUGAAGUCUGUCAAGAAUCUUCCACUUUGUCCAAACCUUACCAUAUUAUAAUAAGAAGGAAUGAUUCCUCAGUUAUUGAAAGGAAAUGUGUUUCAGACUGUAACGAUUAUGUUGGAUACCGAAAGUUCUUCACUAGAUGUGUUCCUAUUAAAAGUACUAAAGUGGUCAAUACGUUUUUUUCAAAAACUGGAAUAAAAAAUUUCUUCCAAGAAGUUUCUGAAGACUUUCAUUUAUGUUGGCUAGAAUUUUUAUAUCUUUGCCUUAUUGCUUUAGCAUUUUCGAUUUUGAUUUUGUUUUUGUUUCGAUACGUGGUGGGAAUAGUGGUUUGGGUGGUACUAAUAGGUGUGGUACUGGCCUGCUGUAUUGCCACAAUAAUUUUGUGGAUUUUAUGGGACCAAUCCAGAAACUCAAAUCUUCCGGAAAAUAUGAUUUCUGACGUUGACUUUCGAAAAACUGGUACUUAUCUAGCAUUUGCGAUAAUUGCCAGUGUGAUUACCGUGAUUGUGUUGCUGGUUAUAAUUGUAAUGCGAAAAAGAAUCGAAUUGGUUGUGCAGUUGUUCAAAGAAGCAGGAAAAGCAGUGGCAGCAGUGCCUUUUCUUCUUCUACAACCCAUUCUAACUUUUCUAUCGCUUGCUGUGGUGAUCGGUCUUUGGUUUUAUUUUUGUUUGUGGAUUGAAAGUUCGGGAUACCUCACUGAAAAGCAACCCCAUGUUUACUAUUACGAGAAAGAUAAAUGGAUGAAAAUUACCAGAUGGUACAAUGUGUUGGCUAUGCUAUGGAUGUGCCAGUUUGUGAUAGGUUGCCAACAUAUGGUAAUAGCUGGUACUGUUUCCGAUUGGUACUUUACACGAAACAAAUGUGAGCUUGGUACUCCAAUUCUCAAAAGUGGGUACAAUUUGGUCAGGUACCAUCUUGGUUCAGUAGCGUUGGGUUCUUUCCUUAUCGCUAUAGUUCAGUUUAUUCGAGUAAUUUUAAAAUUUGCUGAGAAGUAUCUUCACAGUCAUAGAGGAAAAUUCAUUGAUUGUCUUUUAAAAUGUUGUCAGUGUUGUUUGUACUGCUUCGAAAAAAUUUUGAAAUACAUGAGCCGAAAUGCGUAUAUUGAAAUUGCUAUGUAUGGUUACAGUUUUUGCCAAGCAGGCCGACAAGCAUUUAAACUCCUUGUGGCAAAUGUUCUUCGAGUAACAGCAAUAAAUUCAGUUGGAGAUUUUGUGCUCUUCUUAGGAAAAGUCCUUGUAGUUGCUGCAACUGUGUUAAUCGGAACAAAAAUGCUACAGUUACAGCACAAAGAAGGGUUACAGCACAUGUGGGUUCCGUUAACCCUAGCUGGCCUUUUUGCCUAUUUUGUUGCUCAUUGUUUUAUGACAGUCUAUGAAAUGGCAAUUGAUACGAUAUUUCUCUGUUUCUGUGAAGACUGUGAACACAAUGAUGGCAUUACUAAACCUUACUACAUGUCGCGAGGCCUAAUGGAGUUUGUUGAAAAUUCCAAAAAAGUUUUAGAAUCGCAUGAUUGCAGACAAAGAGGAAGCCAAGCGUGGCAAGAAAAAGUUCCAUCAAUAAGUGAUUCAGUUGAAAAGAAAAUUUAAUUAUGUGAUUGUGAUUUUGUGCACAGUUGUGUGUGGUUUCUAUUUUUUAAUACGCACAUAUUUGUAUGUAACUAUCUAUUUUAGAAGAAAAAAAUUGACUAUAUUUUAACAACUUUUCUAUAUAAAUACAUUUUAGAGUGCA